AUGCACCGCCACACACAUCUGAGCAGCUAAGGAGUUCGUCCUUCUCCACACGUGCGUCAACCACACACACGUUUUCCCCAUCCUCUGUUAUUCGCGAAGGGUCCAUUUGCAUUCCGCGGGGAAAGGAAAGCGUGAGGUGUAACUGCUGUAGGCGGUACCUCCGCUCGGCUUGUUUGGCGGCACCCCCCCGUGACGAACAGAGAGAGAGAGAGAGAGAGAGAGAGAGAGAGAGAAAGAAAGAGAGAGAGAGAAGGAGAGGGCGUGCUGGCUGCUGGGGCUUAUUCAGCUCACACCAUGGACGAUGUGUUCGGGUCGGACUCCUCCGCCAACGAGUUUGACCCCGCAGAAGAAGCCGACAAUAACAACGAGGACGCGCCCAGCGGGCGUGCAGGCGCUCUGGACUCCGAUGGCGAUAACGAUGAGGGAAUGACCAGCAACAAGCCGGGCGGGUCGCCCACGGACGCGGGAACUUCCUUGGGAGGGAUAGGCCUUAGUGACAGCGAGGACAAUAAUGAUGAGGCCUUCCCAACGGAUGCCGAUGCCGAUGCCGAGAAGCUGGCAAUGGAUGCCGAUGUGUUCGGGUCGGACAGCGAAGAUGAGGUCGCGCCCCCGCCGGGGGGAAGAGCCGAGAACGAUGAUACGGCGGCGGCAGACGUCGAUCCUUUCGAGGAAAGCGACGACGAGGAGGGUGGGUCAGCGGGCAAAACCCUCGGCAAGACCGGAGGCGGCCGGCUGAGCAAGGGGGAUAGCUCCGGUAAAGGUAAAGGAAAGGGCAAGAAGCGCAAGGCUGGUGCCGAGGGUUCCAGCAAGUCGAAGCGCAAGAAGGGGACGAACGGGGAAGGGGAAGGGGAAGGGGAAGGGGACAACCCCACCAAGAAGAAGAAGAAGAAGAAGAAGAAGAAGAAGAAGAAGAAGGACGGCGACGUCGAGGAAGGGGCGGAGGGUGGCAGUAGUGAGAAGACGACCAAGAAGAAGAAGGGCAAGAAAAAGAAGUCCAAGAAGGCCAAGACGACAAGCGUCGAGAGCUCGACCCUGCAAGACCUCGGGCUGGAGUCCUCGGCGGACGAAGCGGCACAAGACGAUGACGAUGACGAUGACGACUUGAGCGACGCCGAGGUAGAGCACGAGGACGAGGAGGAUGAGGGGCUAAGUGGCGAUGGUGCUGAGGAGGUGGCGAGGGCACCGAACAAGCGGACGAGGGAGGACGAUGAUUUCAUCGACGACGCGGACGACAACGCAGACCUGCUAAACGAGUACAAGCAGGACGAGCCGGAAGGGGGAGACCACAGCGAGGCGGAGGAGGACAACAACCCAGAGAACUUCCACGAUGCUCCUAAGAAGGAGAGCGCCAUGACCGCGGUCCUGGCAUCCAUGAAGAAGCGUAAGGCUCAGGACCUGAGCACGGCGGAGCGCGAGCAGAUCGCCCAGGAGUUCAUGUUCAAGAUCAACCAGGCGGCGGAAGACGACGAGGAGGCAGUGCAGAACGGACGCCCGGCGAUCAACAAGAUCAAGAUGAUCAGGGUUGUGAAGGCGACGUUGGCGAAGAAGGAGUUGCAAGAGACCUUCCUCGAGUUCGACCUUCUCGGCGUCCUGAAGCGCUGGCUGCAGCCCUACUCGAAUGGCCAGCUGCCCAACCUCACCGUCAGGACGGACAUCCUCAAGUUGAUAGAAAACCUACCGGUACAGGUGGACCACCUCAAGCGAAGCGGAAUCGGGAAAGUGGUGAUGGGGUUGCUCAACUGCGGGGAGGAGACGACCGAAAACAAGCGCCGCCUCCGGCAGCAGGUGAGUAAAUGGAACCGGCCCGUGUACGAGAAGGAGACUAACUACCGCGCCCGCCGCCCGGCGCAAGAUGAUCUGGAGGCCAUGGAGGUCCCGACGAGGGGCGGUGGGGGUGCCGCCGGUAAUGGCGGGAGGCGGCGAGUGGUCCACGGGAGCAUGCGGCGCGACGGAGCCAGCAAGGACGAGGCUGUAGGGAACAUUCUCAACGCCAGGGCGCGGGGGCUGGACCCGACAAAGGCUCGCGUGCCGUUCUCCAACGGGUACGCUUUCUCAAAGGCGCCGAGGUCGAGGGUCGAGGGACACGGCCGGGCACCGGCCCAGCAGGUGGACACCUCAUCGCGGGCUAAGCUGCUCAAGAAGAUGGCCACUCUGUCGCGUCCCGUAAGCAAGGCUGGAUGAUCUACCUAUGCUGCCAUGAUGCAUGAUCUGCAGUGCGAUUAUCCAUUGUAGUAGCUGCCCAACGAGACGCAGAGGGCACAUGUCAGUCAUUGCCGUGACGGGCAGGGCGAAGAACGUUGUUGGGGCACAGCAAAACUCUUUUUUCGUUGGGAGAGAUUUGUAUAUUGCAAUGCUUUUGGCGGGAGUCCAGGAAAGCAAGAUUUGCGGGGAGAAGAUGUUCAACGUUGAACUGGAAUGUUGGCCAUGUCUGUUGGAGGGAAAGGAUCCAGUCAUGGGAUGUGUAUUCCGAGCUUUAUGCAGAACGUUUGGAGCUCGGUAAACAUUGCGCGCGAAGCCUUGACGCAGAAAUGUGGGUACGUGGGUACAAGUGCACGAUGUUUAUCGAAAGGGUUUGGUUUGGUUCGGGCGUGACGGGAGUUUUCAUAUAGAUGUCGGGACGCGAAUUUCUUCCGUCUAUGGCGGAGGUGUAAUACGAGGGUGGUGGUGUUGGAUAUUACGAUUAAGAUCCUUGAGGGAGGAAAGUAAUAUUAACCUCCGUAUUUUCUUAACAUGAUACAAUCCUCGACGGAGCAUCUCGCCGCCAUCUUGGCUACACGCGCUAUUCAUGGCGCUGCGUCCGUGUCUGUUUUACGGCGAGUGCUGUAGGUGCAACACAACAUAACACCGGUCGUACAGAAGGCGUUAAACUUGAAACCGUGACGGUGUACUGUUUUUGUCCGACCAGUUGAGGAAUGGCAUCUCGGGCACACGUGCUGCAAGAUCGUGGGUGAUUGGAUCGUUUUAUUCUGUCCCUCUCCCACCUCCCUCCCCUGCGUGCAUCAGUGCUAGCACCUUGAUAGGUAUUGUAGGUGGUGUCUUCCAGCAUCCAUAGCAACUAUGAAGGUGCUAGUUUGCGUGUAAACUUCCUUUUCCUGUGUCGUAGUAGAUGUGAUGUGCGGGGCCCAUCCUUGAUGUGAGCCAUGGGUGAGGGUGUCGGCACCAAGUGUGCCGGUGAAGUUGGCAACUCCUAGCAAGGAAGCCGCCGAUAGCUCUUGGGCAGAUCCAGACCGUUUGGCGGAGAAGGGAAUACGGGGGCUGCCCAAGCUUGUGAUGGUCAUGCUUCUGGGAGUAGUACCCGGGGAUGUUCACGGUUUUGUUUUUUCUCGAUGGUGCGGUGAGAUUUGAGUAAGCACUAUUUUGCGAGUUCUUUCAUCAGGCUGCUCAAAUUGAACAUUGGUAUGCAUAUGCAUGGCAUCGUGAAAUCACGAAAUCAUUGGGGAACUAUUCGCCCUCAACAGUACCUUACAAUGGGCACGCGGCGCCGGAAGAGAGAA